GUGGUUAUUUGGACUGUUGGUAUUCUACUUAGUUACAGUUUUUCUAGUGCUCCAGAGGUAAACAAAUUUGCUCCGCAGAGCUGUUUCUGAAUUUCGCGAAUUCUGGGAACGCAAUUUUCUCUUUUUACGAGCAGCACAGUACAAGGCCAGCCACUGACGUAUGCACUAGUUUCAAUGUACUGCUGUGCAGCUGUUAAUGUGUCAGCUGCGGGGCAAGCUUUCUACGUCCCUUAUCAAGAAAGCUAAGGUCUAAAAUCGCCGCCGAUAAACUAUUUGUUUCAGACUGGACCGCGGUGUAAUCAUGGCAGGGUCGGUGACACUAGCUUCCCGAUCAGAUCUGUUCUGUCUUCUCUCUUUCUUGGAUUCUCAACUGCCAGCACACUGCGAAGUUCAAAUGGUGGUCAAGGCUGCGCUAUUGGCUGCCAACACUUCCUAUCAGGUUUUCUUUCUCCACGAAUCCCCUUCGAACGACACAUAUUCAGCAAUUGUAGCUAUCAAGAAAGAAAAUGUGAUUAGCCAAACUCAACAGAAUCAGACAAUCUGGAACUUGACCGAAUGGAGCAUUGACGAAAACGCUCUGCUUCGCGUUUACGAAGCAAUCGACAUCGACUGGAAAAGAGAUUUAGUAUUCGCCUUCAACAAGCAACACAAUCCUCACGAGAAAAUUCUCAAGUUUUUCGAGGAUCUAGAUCGUCUUGCGGAGCACCGCGUCUACUCUGCCGGCCGCUAUGUUCUCGACAUAUCCGAAGCUAUGAAACUCCAGACGACGAGCUUGUCAGAUGAGGUAUACGUGAAAAGUUUGGAACGUCAUCAUGCUCCGCUGAUUUACGAGCACUGGACGGCGUUCAAACACACGACGACCGUGGACGACAUAGCCGACGAAAUUGAUCUGUUACCUUCAGCUGGUCUUUUCUUGAAGGAUAACGACGAGCUUGUUUCGUGGAUUAUGGGCCACGCUCCGAUGGGCAUGAGUCGUCUUUUCACGAUGGACGGACACCGCCGUAAAGGUUAUGCCACGCUGGUGACACUUUACAUGUCCAAGCGAAUGGCCCAGUCCGGCUUUCUCCCGUUCGUCAACAUUGUCGUCGGCAACACGGCUUCCACCAAGUUCUUCGAAGGUUUGGGUUUCCGUUUUGUACGCCCUCUCAACGCCAUACUUACUAAACCGUCGAGCACCGACCAAACCGCAACAUCUGCUACAAAUUGAUUCUAGCGUUUGAAGGGGAAAAUAUUGGGACUGUCAUUGUAUCAAUUAUUCAAAUUUUGGGCCGUUAAAUGUAUAGGUACUGAAAUACUGUGAAACACGCAGUUUGUAGAAUACAGAGUUAUAGACGCGCAAA